GGUUAAUGUCUAAGUCGCGGAAUUCAUCAUUCAUUUGCUGGGGUUUAGAAUGCAAAGAGUUAACUGUAAGAGCUUGUUGCCCUCCUGGAGCUCCAGAUGGCGUAAUAACCAAUUUUGAAAUUAAAACAUUUGAUGGAUCUGCAAACCCACACCUGGGUCUUGCUUCUAUAAUUAUUACUGGCAUCGAUGGAUUGCGAAGAAAAUUACCAAUUCCAGAACCAAUAGAGCCAGAGUCUUAUGUCUUCGAUUGGAACAACGAUGAUAUAAAAGUACCAGGGUCCCUUAGAUGCUCUAUUAUCCAUAUGGAUUCAAAUGAAUGGUUUAAAGACAUGUUGGGUGAGAAAUAUAUGCUCACGAGAGGAGGAGUUGUCGGCGAUGAGAUCGGACACAACCUAUGUGGUGGAGAGGAAAAAUAUGCGCACAUUGUAUUCAAUUAUUAGGUUUUGGCGUAUGUAUCUAUCUGUAUGAUCACGGGUAUUUAUUGAUUUGAUUUUCUUUGUUGUAUCCUAUUUCUCGCCUGCUCAUCUCAUGGACUAGUUUGAUUAAGCAUGACAGUAAUUUUACAG